GAAUAGGAGAUCAUGGUAAACUGCACAGGAGCCAGCAGCAGGUGAACAGUAACAAGAGAUUCUUUGCUUCCUGCAAUGAAUUCACCUCCACCUGACAGUAGGUAGCUGAACAGAGCAGGCAUUUCCUUGCGAGCGCACAUAGGGGGAGACAACAUAUAUAAAUGAGGAUGCAGCUUCUCAAGGCUUGCUCCACACCAAUAAGCUAGUGCGAUUCACAGGUUGGUUUGAUGAGAGCGUGCGGAGGAACAGGUCACAGAAUGGAAACCCAGCCUCCUGAGCUCUGUUUUUCUGCAGAUCCUCUAUGUCAGUCACAUUUUUAACCAAGAUACAGCCCGUUUGCAGGGCAGGGGUUAAAUGCAAGAGUGCAGAUAGAACAUGGCACAGCACUAGCUUUACCAGGCAUUAACGCUUCCUUUCUUUACUCCCAAAUAGUCCCCCCUCCCCCUUCCUUCACAGCCACUCCAGUGGAUUGGUGCUGCUUCUGACUGUUUCUCUCUACUUGGGGGUGUGCGUACAGUGUGCUGACAGAGGGGUAAAAGGGUGGGAGCUGCACCAGGGGGUGCAGAUUACCCCUGUCGUCAAAGGGAAGCAAAGUCAGCAAUUGGCGUUGAUGACGCUGCACAGGCAGAACAGCCAAUCACGUCCUCCCUGGCCCUGGCAGCUGUAGCCUCAUUUCUGCAUUUAUCCCAAUGCAGGCUAAGGCAAGGAUGGAACACUGUGCGAUAGAAGAGGAGAACGAAAAAAAAAAUGUACAUCACUUGAAAGGCAUCAUUAACUGAUAUCACUGAAAGGAAACCAGAAGAGCAUCAUUCUCUGCAAGCUGUGGACUCUUAAAACUCACGCUGCCUGCUCUUUUUAACUCCUCUCCCAGAUAUAGAAGAAAAGAUAAAGGGGGAAGGGAAUGUGAAGCAGCCAAUGCAACUUAGCUGGAAGCUUUGAACAUUAACCCCUAGAGGGAAAGGAAAGGAGGAGUGGGAGGGGAGCUGUGUGAAUACAUAGGAGCACUGCAUCACGCUAAUGUUCAGCUCUGAACAGUAUGCGUCAGCAGUACAUCCACGUUCUGACUGAAGGACGAAAGGAUGAGAGAGCAGCCUGGCUGGUUGGCUGCUGCUUCCAACACCAAGCAAACAGGGAAAGAGGACGACUGUUAACAGAGGAAAAUGCUACGGGGCUCUGAUAUCGCUGCUGUCUGUGCUGCUGCUGCCUGCUCUCCUGCUGCUAGAACGACUGGACAAGAAAUUAAAGGUAAAACGUGGAGAAGCACUCAACUCACUACCUCACGACAAAAGGAGCUACAGUGGGAUUUCCACAAGGCAGGAGAGGAAAGGCUGUGAAAACCUGUCACUUCUCCGGACCAAUCUCAAACCAAGGGCUCAGCACUGAGGUGUGCGUCUGUUUGUGUGUUUCCCUUUCCAGCGUACUUUCUACCAGCACUGCUUUCCCCAGAUCUGACCCCCUUUUACUUGCUCUCCUUUGAGAUAUUGGCGGAUUAUUGCUAAGUGUGCAAGAGAUAGGCUGCAGCUGCUGCAUCCGUGGCUUGGAAAGCAAAGCUAGUUUUAAAAAAAAGGCAGCAAGGAGAGAGGGGGAAAAAAACACAGCAGUCAAUGCCUGCAAUGUGCUGCCUUUCUCAUUGUACAAAUCAGAAUCCUGCAGACAGUCUGUCUAUUGCAGGAAUACCCAUGGAAUAUUAGGAGACUGAGGAACACAGCGCCCUUCAAAAGGGAAUUGGAGGGGCUCGAAAGAUUUGGAAUUGUGUAUCUUUCUUUGCAUUCUCAAAAAAUCAACUGAAAGCUGCAUUUUUGAUUAUUUUAGAAAUGGAUAAUCUCCGGUCUUCUGUCAGAGACAGCAGUGGAAUCCAAGGACGAAUAGCUCAACUGCAAAAGGCACCAGUCCCGGGGGAGCAGCAGAAUGAUGCACCUGCAUAGCAAAGUGGGCCUCACUCCCUUGUUACAUUUCCCUUUUCUUUUCUUUUUUGUCCUCCUCUUUGGGAUCUACUAAAGGAGCCAUUUUGCCUCUCAUCAUCAUCACAAGCUAUUACCUUCUGUAAUUUCUUUCAGUAAUUAAAUUGAGGAAUACAUGGAAAGACAAACCGAGCCCAAUGUUGUGCUGGGCAGAGGCACUGGCAUGAGGAAUAUGAAAUGAUCUUUCGCUAGGUAAAUGUAAAAAAAACCCAUUUGUUUUUUUGUUUUUGUUUUUUUACUUGUAUCUCGAAAUAUAAUUUGCCAUUUAUAUUUUUAAAGCCAGUUUCACUGUCUAGUAUCCCUCCUACUGACCACCACUCCCACCUGUGUAUAGAUGGAAAAGGGAAUUUGCAGCCUCCUGAAGCCUGGGUAGGGCCAAGUUCUCGUAUCCAUGCCAAGUCCCAGACGAUGGUGAAUUAUGAACGUGCCACAUCAUGAAUUUCUUGUGGCUGGUAACUGUGCACCAUACCUGGAAGGCCGUCUUCUUCUCUGUAAUCUACCUCAUGGUACAAAUGUGGAUCCCCUGUGAAGCAUUUUCAGGGCAGCAAAACUGCCCUUCUGUCUGUUCCUGCAGUAACCAGUUUAGCAAAGUGGUUUGUACGCGCCGUGGCCUCUCUGAAGUACCACAAGGUAUCCCAUCUAACACACGGUACCUCAAUCUCAUGGAGAAUAAUAUCCACAUGAUCCAAGCGGACACUUUUCGGCAUCUUCACCAUUUGGAGGUGUUACAACUUGGUAGAAAUAUUAUCCGUCAAAUAGAGGUCGGGGCUUUUAAUGGUUUGGCCAGCCUUAACACUCUGGAGUUGUUUGACAACAGACUAACUGGAAUCCCCAGCGGGGCUUUUGAGUAUCUUUCCAAGUUGAGAGAACUGUGGCUCAGGAAUAACCCUAUUGAGAGUAUUCCAUCCUACGCUUUCAAUAGGGUACCAUCACUGAUGCGUCUGGACCUUGGAGAACUUAAAAAGUUGGAGUAUAUUUCUGAGGGAGCAUUUGAGGGAUUGAACAAUCUAAAGUACCUCAACCUUGGAAUGUGUAAUAUCAGAGACAUGCCAAACCUCACACCCUUGAUAGGGCUAGAGGAACUAGAGAUCUCUGGGAACAACUUUCCUGAAAUCAAACCAGGAUCUUUUCAUGGGUUGAGAGCACUAAAAAAGUUGUGGAUUAUGAACUCCCAGAUAAACACCAUUGAGCGCAAUGCUUUUGAUGAUCUGACAUCCUUAGUAGAAUUGAACUUGGCCCACAAUAACUUAUCAUCCCUUCCACAUGACCUAUUUGCUCAUUUGAGGUACUUGGUAGAGCUGCAUUUGCACCACAACCCAUGGGACUGUGAUUGUGAUGUUCUCUGGCUCGCCUCAUGGCUGCGAGAAUAUAUUCCUACCAACUCCACCUGCUGUGGUCGCUGUCAUUCCCCACCGCACAUGAAGGGGAAGUAUGUGGUUGAGGUGGACCACUCAUCAUUUCAGUGCUCAGCCCCUUUUAUUAUGGACGCUCCAAGGGAUUUAAAUAUCUCAGAAGGAAGAGUGGCAGAACUCAAAUGUAGAACUUCAGCCAUGUCAUCAGUUAGGUGGCUGCUACCUAAUGGUACUGUGCUAAGCCACGCUUCCAAACAUCCACGAAUUACCAUCCUCAAUGAUGGGACGUUAAACUUCUCUCAAGUACUGCUCACGGACACUGGGGUCUAUACAUGCAUGGUUACCAAUGUGGCAGGAAACUCAAAUGCUUCGGCCUAUCUCAACGUCAGUACCGCAGAGCUCAACACUUCAAACUACAGCUUCUUCACUACUGUCACUGUGGAGACCACGGAUAUGGCUCCUGAGGACAUCUCUAUUAUAAUCAAACCGGUACCAACCACAUCCGCGGGUUACCAGCCAGCAUAUACUACCACUACCACCGUACUUGUCCAGACCCCAAAAAUGCCCAAACAGGUGGCAGUGCCCACUUCAGAUGCUGGAGAUAAAAUGCAAACUAGCCUGGAUGAGGUAAUGAAAACCACCAAGAUUAUUAUUGGCUGCUUUGUGGCAGUCACACUGUUGGCAGCCGCCAUGCUAAUAGUGUUUUACAAACUACGAAAAAGGCAUCAACAGAGGAGCACUGUGGCAGCUGCGCGGACUGUUGAAAUAAUCCAAGUGGAUGAGGACAUCCCAAGUGGGAGUCCCACUGGAGUAUCAGGUGAGGGGGUGGUUGUGUUGCCGACCAUUCACGACCAUAUGAACUUUAACACCUACAAGCCAGCACAUCAUGGGGCCCAUUGGACGGCUAACAGUAUCGGUAAUUCUCUACACUCCACAAUUACAACCAUCUCUGAACCUUAUAUAAUUCAGACCCACACAAAAGAGAAGGUACAGGAAACUCAAAUAUGACUUUUUUUCAAAUUAAAAUGCAAUAGAAUGCACAAAAGACAGCAACUUUUGUACAGAAAGAGAGAGACAAUUUUGUUUUCUUGUAAAUGCUUAUAUAUUAAAUCUAUGGGCUGACGACAGAAACAGAUUAUAUUAAAAUUUAAAACUAUUUUCUAACUUGUAAGUUCUAUUUAAAAGAGGUGUAAUGAUGGAUAGGCAGAAAAUAAUAUAAGGUAUGCUGUUAAAUGUGCCAUAAUGACUACAUUCAAGGUUUAGUUCUGUAUUAAUUAGAAAGCCAAAACAUUGAGAAGCCCUUGAAUGCAAUCCACUGUUU